AGUCAAAUAACGGAUCUUAUGAUCAAACUUUUGUUAAACGUGAUUUCGUUCUUCUUUUGCAUAGUUUGAAUAUUCAACCCAACCAGAAGUGUUCGUUUUAAAUUUUUAAUCAAAAAAACUUGAAUUAACGUGAGUAUGGACCCAUUAAAUGAAGAGGCGACCGAAUUAAGCGGCCACUUAUGCCGCGAAAGCGCAAUGCAAAUGGCUGAAGCUGGGCAAGAAAAUGGCGCUGGCGCCCUAAAAAUUACAACGAGUGCGGGUGCACCAGAUCAGGCCCCACGACACCAGCUCUCGGUUCCCGCCGAGGAUCAACAGGAUGAGGUGCUCACGCCUGCUGAGAAGUCCAAGUUUGAGUACCCUCCCCCUCCGCCGCCCCCGACUCCCGUUCAGGCACCGACGGUGGCCAAGCCUACCGCUCUGAUGGCUAAUCUGGAGCACGACGACGACGAGACCAACUCUGAGAAGUGGGAGGAUCCCUGCGCGCCUCCCGUCCCUCCCCCGCUUCCGGCCCAUGCAUUUCUGUCCACGGGCCUGGGCUACCUAAAACUGCCCGCCUUUAAGCUGAAGGACGCGCUGGAAAAGGCCAUUACAAAGCUGGAGGCCAACAAGCGGAUGCAAAGGGAAAAGGCCAGUCCCGAAUCUUCUCGUUCCAUGAAAAACAAAAAAGUGGAGGCCAUGGAAAUGUUACCUAGGCGUUCGAGCACGGAUACAAUAAUCGAGCAGCCUAGGAGAGCCUCCGAGUCCAAGGCUGUCAUGUUGCACCCGAUGAUCAAAAAGCCAGCUGUGAUUGUAGAGCUGGAGAGGCAUUUUAAAAUAGUUCAACUGCUUGCCAAGCGGAAUCGAAUCCUUUCAGCCAUUUCCCGGGAAGCAAUUCCGAUGCAUGGGUCCUUGAAACAGACGCACGAGGACGAAGGCUUGGCGCUCCAAGUGCUUUCGGCACGGGCAUCUACGCCCUACACCCAGCCCACCAGUAUGUUGUCCUGCACGGCCGUUAGCUGUGAUCUGGAGAACGAAUCUCCAAAAAAGCAACUCAUUAACAAGGACAACAUGCUGGAUCAACAGUCUUGUCAGUUGCAGCAGAAACGUCCUCUUAGCACGGGUUCGCACAAGCCAGGAAAUCUGCGGGCUCCAAAGGCGGUUCGCGCUACUAACACUCCAAUGGUCAGUAGCAAGCCGGUCAAAAACUAUACGCGCUCCCACCUGCUGGAUAUUCGCAGCGGCAUGUUAAAUGCUCUUAUGCAUAGGUCGAAGGAAAGUUUUGUCAUGCCCCGCAUCGCCACAUGCGAUGACAUUGAGUUGGAGGGUCGGCUUCGCCGCAUGAAUCUCUGGCGCACCUCGGACGGCACAAGGUUCCGGACUCGCUCCAGCACCAACAACUCCAAUAUGAACAACAAUGAGUGUAUGCCGGCAUUCUACAAAAACAAAAACAAGCCGCAGUUAAUCAGUGAUGAGUCUAUCAUCCAGAGCCAACCGCCUCAGCCACAAACAGAGUUCCAGGAUCCUGCAAUUGUAAACCAAAGACGCAUUGGAAGCGGUCGUUUUAAUCAUUCCAAGUGGGGCUACAAUGAAGGCGAAUACUUUUCGUACCACAGUGGCAAACACCAGACGGAAGAGGUAAAUUCGAAACACCAGAACAACGGCAACAUGACGGUCCUGCAGUUUUUCGACAACGGGGAGAUCAGUAGCCAGCCGCAAGGGCGACCUAACACUCCUGUAAUGGGGAUGUCUAAUAAUCGCUCCGAGAACGACACGUUGCAGUCGAAUGAGUCCAGUGAAGAUCUGAGCCGCGCCAACGAGAACUAUGUGAAGCGUGUUAUGUCCGGGUUCCUGGUUGUGUCAAAACCUAAGUCUAGGGACUCAGAAGAUCGGCACCACCGGCGGUACAGGAACCAGAAUGAAGAGCCGGAGUGGUUCAGCUGUGGUCCCACCUCAAGGUUGGAUACCAUUGAGUUAUGUGGUUUCGACGAGGACGAGGAGAAAAUGUUAAAGGAGGCAAACAAACACCAUGGAGUUGACGAAAUAGAGAGGGAACUACCGAAGCAUAAGAUGGAACAAAAUAAGUACAAAUGGACUCAUUCGGAGCCUGUGGGUCGCAAUAAAUUCAUGGCAAAGCAGGAUACAAAUAAUAACCAGAAUGUGGAGAACAUGAACAAGGUACAAGCCACGGAUCAUCAACUGCCAAAGGAUGAAAAACGUUCUGGUAGUGCCCGAUCGUUUCAGUUUGACAAAUUUAAUCCAAGCCAACAGAAUUAUGAGAAUAGUAAUUAUGUAAAUUACCAGCAACAGCCGCAAACACAGCCUCAGCAAAUGCAGCAGCAAACAAAUCCGAAUUCAAACAAUUCUAAAUUCAUGUCAUUCUUUGCGCGGGAGAGGAACACUUCAUCGUCUUCGCUGAACGAGUUUUUCAAGCAGGCCAUGAACCAGGGUCAUGGCAAUAAUCCGGAGCAGCCGAAGGCGCCAAGCCUUAUUAGCCAAAUGCCGUCGGUUGAGCAGCUGGAGGCCAAAUGGCGUCGAAACUCACUGACAACUGCUAGCGAGCCUGCAAACAAACAGUCUGAUAACUUCCAAAAGCUUAUUGGGUCACUAUCUGCGGCCAAGCAACAACCGCCAGCGGUGGGCUACGAUGCCAUUUCUAACUUCAUUAUGCAGCAACAACAGUAUCAACAGCAACAACAGAAGCAGCACGUUAUCAUACAGCAGCAGCAACAACAAACUGCUUUUUUGGCGGGUCUGCAGCUAAAGGCUAUCCUCGGACGGGCCGACACACAAUUGCUCCUUCUGCGUCUGACUAAAGGGGAAAUAUCCAAGCACGGACUAUUGGUACAGUUGGCCAACCCACGCUUGUCAGAGAUGGAUCGUGAAGCCAUCACUGCUGUGCUGCAGUUCACCAACACUCAGCAGCAGCAACAGCAGCAUAAACAGCAGUUGGAUAUGCUAUCAAGCACGGUUAUUGCCAGCCAGCUGCAGAAUCUUCACAAUUUAGCUAUUGUGCAGCAGACACUGGCCGCUAGACAACAGCCACAGGUGAAUCCACAGGCACAGUUACCGCAGCAACUAUCUCAGGAAGAUUUGCAAGCCCAUGCCAAUGUAAUAAUGCGAAAUGCUGUGAUGAAGCGCAAAAUGGAGGAGCAGACCUCUAAAUUAAUAAAUGGGGGUGGCAAACAUCAGAUACAGCAGCCUCAACUAAGCCGUGGUCAGCAACGUCAUGGUCGAUCGGAUGUCACCUCAAAUGCUCUUCUCCAGGCCUUGAUCUCUGGCAGUGGAAACAAUCAUGCUACUGUACCUUUAAUGGUUGGACAGCAGCACCAAUCGAACACGAACAAUCGUCGUCCGAUUGCAGAUACCCACUUACGGUUCUCUGAGAACCAAAAUUUCCAAACUUUUGAGUCCAACCAACCGCACUUUUCAACGCAAUAUAAGCAAAACCAUCAACAGUCACAGCAACAACAUCCUCAGCAGCCGCAACAUCAUAUGCGCCAUCAGAAUAACUCGGGCGGCGGUACCAGUUUCAGCAAGUCUCAAAUGCAGGCUCAACCAUCUAUUGCAAUGUUGCCCAAUGGGGGAGAUGAGUUUCAUUAACGGCUUCAAACGAUUCGCCACAACGACUGUCGGUCUGAUGGCCAUUGGCAUCGGAUCCACCGUCCUUGUAUACACCACUCAUCGUAUUGU